AUGGUUGAAACCCGUCCAAGACUUCUUGUUGAGUAUAUGCUCCUGAGUUUCCUCCUUUCGCAGUUUGGUUUUAGGCAUGGAUCUUCAGAGACAACUACUGAGUUGGAUCCUAAAGAAGAUCGAAAAAUAUGCUCGGGUAUUCGCCGCCUGCUUCAUCCACCCGGGCCAGCACGAGACCGUGCUCGACUCAUUGCUAUACUUUGUGCUCAAAAUAGAGGACGGCACUGGAAAGUGCUCGUUCAUCGGGUGAUCCAGAGACCUUUCAAGCAAUCAACUGACAGGAGGCAUAUCAGAGCACAUUGGACACUUGCGCAAUCUUACUGCUCUCUAUCUGGAUCACAACUUCCUCACCGGACAGAUACCAUCAUCUUUGGGUGCUCUGCGUUCUCUGCAAACGUUAAUCGACUCUCUGGUCGUCUUCCACCCUCAUUUAGUAAUUUGAGCAAUCUCCAAUCCUUCUGGGCGGCAUCCAAUGAUCUCACUGGGGAGUUCCCGGAUUAUGGCAGUCUUAAUCAGUUGCGCUUAUUUUCAAUAUCUGGCAACUAUAUGUCUGGUCGCUUCCCAGCUGACUUCAUCAGAAAAUGGACCCAAAUCAAUUAUCUAACGAUCAGUGACGUAGCAAACUCUGGUUUCCAAUUCCCACGAUCUGCGAACCUGAGCAAUAUAAAAACUCUGUAA